AUCCCCAGCCUCCUCCCGAAACCAAUCCCUUAUCCACCUCAUUCCUCAGGGAUAGGGCGAGGCUCAAGCACAAAGAAGGGAUGUGGCGGUUGCAGAACCCAACCCAGGUCAGAUCCAAUUCGCCGCCCUCGAGAAACUCCGCCGCGGAUCCCUCUCUGAACAUCGGUAAGAGACUCCUUGAUGAGCGAAGUCCACGGCGUGUGGACCUUUCGAACGAAAUCAAGGCCAUUAUACUCAAGAAGGACCGUGACAAAAAACCAAAGAAGCGGGCGGGGCUAGGUUACAAACCGCCGAUAAGUGCAAGCGAGAUUGAAAAGUUGCUCCACCCAAGGUUAGAAGAACUGAUGAAAAAGCAGGCUUCAAGUGCUACAGCAUCAUCGACUGUCGGGACAUCAAGAAAAAAGGAGAAGGUUGUGAUUGAUGAACUUAAUGCAGAGUUAGAAGCACAGAAAAUGCAGACUUCAAGUGCUACAGCAUCGACCGCCUGGAUAUCUGAGCUGAAGAAAUUGCGGCCGGAGCAGAAGCAAGGGCGGUCACCGUUCGAGGAGUUGACGCGGCAGGGUGAGGAGGUAAAUUGGCUCCCAAUCCCAAGGAAAGAGGAGGCUGUGGUUGCUGAACUCAAUGCAGAGUUAGAAGAACUGAAAAUGCAGACUUCAAGUGCUACAGCAUCGACUGUCGGGACAUCAAGAAAAAAGGAGAAGGUUGUGAUUGAUGAACUUAAUGCAGAGUUAGAAGCACAGGAAAUGCAGCCUUCAAGUGCUACAGCUUCGACCGCUGGGACAUCAGGAAAGAAGAAGAGGAAGAGUGCCCAAGCUGUAGAUGAUCGGAUUGACCUUGUUGUGGGUGAGAUGAGCGAGCUUCGCACAGUGAUCAAGCAUUCAGUGGAAACCAUCGCUAGAGCACUUGGUGAGAGCGACGACCUUAUCCAGAAGAGAGCCAAUCUGCUGAAAACGCUGGAGGAGCUUGAAGGGUUCAGUAGAGCUGAGAUUAUAACAGCAUUGAGGAAGCUGUCUAACAAUGACAGGGAUUUGAUGAUCUUCUAUGGCUUGGAAGAGAAAGCCGACAAGGUGAUAUUCGUGGCAGGGCUGCUUCGUUGAAGUAAAUCUUGCGGGGAAGUUGUACAUCCGUUGGUUUACUUUACUUAUGUUGAGCAAAGAACUCUCGGACAUGGCUGGCUUUUGUGUUUUGGGAUUCUGUGGGAAGUGAUAUAUGUUGGUUUUCUUGUUAUCCUAUGCUGUUGUUUGGAAUCAUUUGCCGCCUCUUUCAAUUGGCGGGAUUUUUAUGCUAAUCUUUGUGAAUCAUUUGCCGGUCA